GUAGCAGCACCAUGCCCGAGCCAGCCAAGACCGCGCCCAAGAAGGGCUCGAAGAAAGCCGUGACUAAGACCGCCGGUAAAGGAGGUAAGAAGCGCAGAAAGUCCAGGAAGGAGAGCUACGCUAUCUACGUGUACAAAGUCUUGAAGCAGGUUCAUCCCGACACCGGCAUUUCGUCCAAGGCGAUGGGAAUCAUGAAUUCGUUCGUCAACGACAUUUUCGAGCGCAUUGCCGGCGAGUCCUCGCGUCUGGCUCACUACAACAAACGCUCCACCAUCACUUCCAGGGAGAUCCAGACCGCCGUGCGCCUGUUGCUGCCCGGUGAGUUGGCCAAGCACGCCGUGUCCGAGGGCACCAAGGCCGUGACUAAGUACACCAGCUCCAAGUAAAGCGCGUCAUCGCCGCCUUCAUCAACACAACGGCUCUUUUAAGAGCCACCCAUGUUGUCCCUCAAAGAGCGAUUUUCUUAUGGGUUAAUGUUACAGAUGGAUGAUUUGUUGUAUGCAGUUUAUUAGAGUUCCCGGGUGCCAUAUAAUGUAUCCUGCUGUAUAAUGUAGUGGUUUUUAUCAUAGCUGGAGAG